AUGCAAGUCAGUCUGCUCAUGAGAGAGAUCAAUCAUAUGAGCAGCUUGGAAAUGUCAAAGGCCAUCAGUGCCCGACGGACCCGGCAGGAGAGGCGAGGCGCCCACAAGCUCGACAACUCCGACGAGGCCCUCGAGCAGCUGGUAACCCACUUUGGCAAGGUGUCGGCAGCCACGAACGACACUGGCGAGGAAUUCGACCACACCUCGGCGCCAGGACCCAAAGUCAAUAUGAGCUGGUGGAGACAGCCCAAGAACCAAAUCCUGGCCGCAGGAGGACUGGGUGUCUACAUGGUUGCGUCGUAUGCUUCCUUCCACGUCUAUCGCAUCUACUCGGCCCCGGAGCCGCCGCCCAACAUCAGCAACCCGGCCUUCCAGGCCGCACAAGAGCAAGUCUACGAUCGCAUUGCCAAGGACUAUGACGACUCGAUCGGGCUGGACGAGUUCUUGAUGGGCUUGGGAUCAAAACGCCAGGCAAUCCUGAAGCAUGCCCAGGGCUCUGUCCUGGAGGUCUCUGGCGGCACAGGACGGAACUUUGCCUUCUACAAGCCAUCCAAGGUCUCGCAACUGGUCAUCACCGACAAGAGCGCCCAGAUGCUCCAGCGGGCCUGGGCAAAGCACAAGACGCAGCACCAGACGCAAGUGCCGACGACGCUCUAUGUGAUGAGCGCCAACAAGCUGGACUGGCCCGCCGAGGCCUUCGACACCGUCGUCGACACCUUUGGCAUAUGCUCGUUCUCGGAUCCGAUCGCGGCCCUGAAGGAAAUGGCCCGGGUGUGCAAGCCCGGCGGCAAGAUCUUGCUGCUGGAGCACGGCCGGAGUGACUACGAGUGGAUCAACUCGGCCCUCGACAAGACGGCGACGGCGCACGCCGAGUCGUGGGGCUGCUGGUGGAAUCGGGAUGUCCUCGGGCUGGUGCGUGAGGCUGGGCUCGAUGUGGUCGAGACGAAGCGGUACCAUUUCGGAACGACAUAUCACAUUGUCGCGCAACCGGGCGGCAGCAAGUCGGCAUGA